UUCAUUUGUUUUUGUUUUUGGGUUCAAAAUGUUUUUCAGUUUGACCACCAUCAGAAGAACAUUUAUUCGCCCACUAUGGACAAUUACAGAUUUUCGUUAUUUGUCACAUUUAUUGAAAAAUAAUGUGACAACAAAUGUCCAUAAUAAUGAUGAUAAUGUAUCAUUGUGUGUUGUUGGCAAUGGUGCCGAUGGAAAUCCACGUUCAUUAUUUCUUGAUUAUAAUGAUCAUAUUUUUAUGUUCAAUUGUGGUGAAGGUCUUCAACGUUCAAUAUGUGAUUUAGGUUUUAAACCAUCGAAAAUUGAUACAUUUUUUUCCACUUCAAAUAGAUGGCAUAAUUACAGUGGCAUGACUUCAUUGUUACUUGCACGUUAUGAUUCUGGUUCUAGACAUUUAAACAUUAACAAUGCUGAUUUAAAUCAAACAUUCAUACAAUAUUGUACGGUAUUUGAUACAAAAUUAAAACGGCUAAAAUAUAACUAUUUUGAUGAUAAGAAUUUUGUAUAUGAAAAUCUUUCCAUUCAAAUUGUUCCCAUCGUGUUUGGUAAUAUAAAAACAGCCAUAUAUCUUGGUACAUUACGAGCACAACGAGGUAGAAUAAAUUUGGAAAAAUGUUUUCAUCAAAAAGUUCCACGUAAUCUGGUAACUGAAUUGGAACAGAAUCAAUGUGUUCAAAAUCAAUAUGGCCAAAUUAUUCAUCCAUCCGAUGUAAGUGAUCCAGAUAGACCGGAACAAAAUUUUUUAAUAUUCGAAUGUAUUGAUAAAAAUUAUUUGGAACAUUUGUCCGUAAACAAAGUGAUCAAUGAAUUCAUACCAAAAUGCAAUGUUAUGGUUCAUUUUACCAAUGAUUUGAAUUUACAAGAAAAAUCGUAUGAUAAUUUUUUCAAACAACAUCAUUCUAGUCAUCAUUUAUUGAUUACCAAUAGCAAUCCAUCAUUUAAUCUUCGUUCAAAUUAUCGAUUUCAACUUCAAUUGAAUCAACUGGAUUCUUGUCUGUUUCCGUGUUUACGAAAUACGGAACAAUCACCCACUAUUAGUGUAUCGAAUAAUAAUAAUGAUAAUAAUGUAAUCUAUUCACCAACCGGUAUCAAAUAUAUAUUUCGUUCAUCAACAACAACAGAAAUGUCGGAAAUAAAUACGGACUGUGUUCCACAAUUACCUACCAUUGUUGAUGCACUUCAACACAAAGAUGGAUCAGAACGUGAUGGAAUUGAAGAAUCAAUUGAAAAUCUUCGUAAAAAACAAUCAUCUAUAACAAAUCAUUCACGACUAUGGAAUCAUAAAUAUCCAGAAUUUUUAUUUCUUGGUACCGCUUCAUCGCAUCCAUUACCUAUACGUAAUGUUUCCGGAAUUUUAGUCAAUAUUGAUGAAGAAAAUUCCAUUCUAUUUGAUUGUGGUGAAAAUACUUAUGGACAAUUGUUGAAUUUUUAUGGCCAAAACAGUGUUGCAAAAAUUUUGUCCAAAAUUAAAACAAUAUUCAUAUCACAUCAUCAUUCAGAUCAUCAUUUAGGUUUGAUUAAUUUAUUGAAAAAACGUAAUCAAUUAUGUCAAUCAAACAAUAUGAACAAAUUAUGGAUUCUAUUACCACCAAUGGUACAUCAAUUUAUACAAAAUUCAAAAAUUAUAAAUUUAAAUCAUAAUAACCAUUAUAAUGUGGUUAGAAAUCAAUUUUUUCAUCAAUUUCGUUCGAAUAUAAUGAAAACAUUACAGAUUCAACAAAUGGAUCUAAUACCUGUGGAUCAUUGUGCAUAUGCUUUUGCCAUUGGUAUCACUGAUAAACGUGGAUUUAAAUUCAUUUAUUCUGGUGAUACAAAACCAUGUGAUCGUCUUAUAAAAUAUGGCCAUAAUAAUUGUCAUCUAUUGAUACAUGAAGCAACAGUUGAAGAUGGUCUGCAUAAAUUUGCCCAAACAAAUUUUCAUUCAACAAUAUCUGAAGCAAUCAAUGUUGGCCAUAAAAUGCAAGCAAAAUUUACAUUAUUAACACAUUUUAGUCAACGAUAUGGUAAAUUACCAUUAUUACCAAUGGAACAGCUGAACAAUGAUGAUAACAUUGGUUUAGCAUUUGAUAAUAUGAUCAUAUCAGCCGAUCAAUUACAUAGAAUACCAUUAUUAUAUGAUACAUUGAAAUGUAUGUAUUCUAAACAUAUUGAUCGUAUACAAUAUCGAACUGAUCUUUAUGAAAGAAAAUUUAAUGCUCAUUCAUCAUCAUCAUCAUCAUCAUUGAUUUGAUGGCUGAUAAAC